AUGGCCGAGGCAUCAGAGCCAGCCAGCGUGGAUUUCAGUAUCUGCAUUGAUGGUCUGCAUGAGGGGAUUGAGUCCAGCAUCAGCAAAUUUGCAGAUGACACCAAGCUGGGUCCGCCCGCAGGGAAGGCGCAGGAGGCCCUGCAGGAGCGGUACCGGCUGGGCUCGCUGCUGGGGCGUGGAGGAUUCGGCAGCGUCUGGUCGGGGACGCGGCUCUCGGACGGCGCCCCGGUGGCCAUCAAAAAGGUGCCACGGAACCGCAUCUGGCAUUGGAGCGAGCUGCCCGACGGCACCAGCGCUCCCCUGGAGGUUGUGCUGCUGGACAAGGUGUCCAGUGGCUUCUCCGGUGUGGUCCAACUGUUGGAAUGGCUUGAGCUCCCCAGCGACAUUGUGAUGGUGCUGGAGCGGCCAGAGCAGUCUCAGGACCUCCUGCAUUUCAUUCGGGCACGGGGGUUCCUGCGCGAGGAGGUGGCGCGGCAGCUGUUCCGCCAGGUGCUGGAGGCCGUGCGGCACUGCACCAGCUGCGGGGUCCUGCACCGCGACAUCAAACCAGAGAACAUCCUGGUUCACCUGGCCACCGGGCAGGCCAAAUUGAUUGACUUUGGCUGUGGCACCUACCUGCAAGAGACAGCCUACACUCACUUUGCAGGAACACCAUCAUACAGCCCCCCGGAAUGGACCCGCUUUGGCUGGUACCAUGGCGAGCCAGCUACCAUCUGGUCCCUGGGCAUCCUGCUGCACGAGAUGGUCUGUGGGAAGAUGCCUUUCAGGAGGGGCUGGAACUUCAGCUGGGGCCAGCUCUCACUUGCCAAAAUCUGA